UGAGAAGGGGGAAGGCAGUGAAACUCGGAGAAACGACUGGAACAACAAAACAAGAGACUUAAACCUACUGCCAUACAGAGGAACGUCUAAGAUUUUACUUUGGACAGCUUUAUCGAGGAGUCGAGGGCUAAAAGUGGUCACAGGAGUGUGAUGUGUUCUUCUCUUUACCGGUGUAGUUAAUAUUAAUCCGUUUAAACACGUUAAUCUUAUCGAGCUGAAACGUUUGGACAGUUUGUUAGCUUGUUAGCCUGACAGCUAGCUAUCGCUAAACGCUCUGAAGCAAAGAGUAGAAAUGCUUUCUGUAUGAGUGUUUUUCGCUUUGGACUGCACUAAAUGCCCUAAACCUGAAGGGAUGAAGGAACUCACAACGGACACGGAUGUUAAAGUGAAAUUUGUCUUCGGUGUAAUGUUCGCAACAGAAUCUGUCGUUUGCACGUAACGCGAGUCCUAACUAGUCAGGAGUCCAUGUUUUUGUUUAGACCUUAUUAGUUAAAUAUACAGUAAUAGUUUGUAUCACUUAAAUCUGCUCAGAACCUGCAGUAGCAUAUUUUAUUCGAUUAAAGCUUUGGUAACUGAUCAGUUUGUGCAUAGCCUAGUCUGAGGGGAAGAGCAGCUUGUGUGUGAACCUGACACGCAGUUCGGACGCUGGACACUGCCACCAUGCCUCUAGUGUUUCUGGAGAGGUUUCCUUGGCCCAGUUUGCAGACUUACACCGCCCUGAGUGCAGUGCUGCUGGCUGGGACUUUGUUAAGCGCCUACACAGCUGUGACCGAGCCUGAAGCUCCAGCUGCUGAAGAAACUCCGAGCACCUCCACAGACAGCAAUAAAAUCAAGCAAGCUGACACUGAGGGAAAUGUGGCUGCAAAUAUACUGCUCUUUCUCAUCUCUGACAGCCUAUUCGUUUGGGUUUUGGUGAAUACCGCAUGCUGUGUCCUCAUGCUGAUUGCCAAGGUGAUCCAGUGCAUUGUUUUUGGUCCUCUGAGGGUCAGUGAGAAACGGCACUUGAAGGACAAAUUCUGGAACUUCAUCUUCUAUAAAUUCAUCUUCAUAUUUGGGGUGCUGAAUGUGCAGACCGUAGAAGAGGUGGUUUUGUGGUGUCUGUGGUUUGCUGUUCUAAUCUUCCUUCAUCUCAUGGUCCAGCUCUGUAAAGAUCGCUUUGAAUAUCUGUCUUUUUCUCCAACAACCCCCAUGAGCAGUCAUGUGCGAGUACUGGCCCUGCUGGUAUCCAUGCUGCUGUGCUGUGGAGGUUUAGCUGUGCUCUGUGGCCUCGUCGGUCAUUUCCAUGGCAUGCAUACUGUUGCCUUUAUGGCUGCUGAGUGUUUACUUGUUACAGUGCGCACUGGACAUGUUAUUACGAGGUACUCGAUUCACUUAUGGGACUUGAACCAUGAAGGCACCUGGGAGAGCAAAGGCACCUAUGUCUACUAUACUGACUUUAUUAUGGAGCUUACCCUCCUUUGCCUUGAUCUGAUGCAUCACAUUCAUAUGCUGCUCUUUGGAAAUAUCUGGCUGUCAAUGGCCAGCUUGGUGAUCUUUAUGCAGCUUCGCUACCUCUUCCAUGAGGUGCAGAGGAGAAUCCGUCGGCACAAGAACUACUUGCGUGUCAUUGACAAUAUGGAGUCCAGAUUUGCAGUCGCCACCACAGAUGAGCUUGUUGCCAAUAAUGAUGACUGUGCAAUCUGCUGGGACUCCAUGACCUCAGCACGGAAGCUGCCCUGCGGCCACCUUUUCCAUAGCUCAUGUCUGCGCUCAUGGCUAGAGCAGGACACCUCCUGUCCAACGUGCCGCAUGUCACUGAACAUUAAUGAGGGCGAGAGAGAGAGAGGGGAGGGGCAGAGGGCACCAGCUGACAACAUGGCUACAGGGCCUGGGAAUGAUGUCCGUCCUCACCUGAACCAGCACAACCACUUCUUCCAUUUUGAUGGUUCACGAAUUGCUAGCUGGCUCCCAAGCUUCUCUGUGGAAGUUAUGCACACAACCAACAUUUUGGGCAUCGCACAAGUCAACAACUCGCAGCUCAGCGCCAUGGCCCAUCAGAUACAGGAGAUGUUCCCCCAGGUUCCUUACCAUCUGGUGCUGCAAGAUUUGCAACUCACUCGCUCUGUGGAGGUCACCACUGACAACAUCCUGGAAGGCAGAAUCCAGGUGCCCUUCCCUGCUCAGCCCGUGGAACGAGCAUCCAUUCAGGUUAACCCAGUCUCAGAGGAGCCUGUGGGAGCUAGUGGGGGUUCAGAGCCCACUACUGUGGAGACGGAGGACCUUGAGGUGCGUGGCAGCCGCUUCUCAAAAUCUGCAGAUGAGAGGCAGAGAAUGCUGCACCAAAGGAAGGAGGAGCUGCUGCAAAGAGCACGCAGACGCUAUCUAAACAAAAGCAAUGUAGAAGAAGUGUCUUUUUCCAACUUUGCUGCUUCCAAAUAUGAUGAUGAUGAUGAUGAUGAGGAGGAGGAUGAAGAGGAGAAUGAUGAUAAUGACCCACCCUCUCUUGAAGAAGAGGAUUCCAGUUCAGACCCUGUGACCAUUCGCCGAAGGAUGUUGGCAGCUGCAGCCGAACAACGCAUGCACAGACAGGCAGACACACCCAUCUGAGGGAGCGAACCAUCUGCAAUCCAUCUAGCUCUGCCACACCUCCAUUUUCCCAUGGCUAUCUGUGUGAUGGAGAGAGAAGCUCCUGGUCACUUUCAUCUCAAAUGAAAGAACAUGCAUGACACUUAACUGUGCCAUGAUCCAGCAUUGGCAUACGUAGCUGACCAGCUGUGAUUCUGAGGUCUCAGCGUUCACUAAGUUUUAAGGCUUUCCUGUUGUGCACUUUUCAUAUGACACCACCAGCUUGGCCGUGUCUGGAAAAAGUCUAUGCAUGUGUCAUUUACACAUUUUACAUUGUUAAACUUCUAAACUGUCUAAACAACAAUAAGCUCACUGAUGGACUUCAGGAAAAAAUUAUAAUCCUAGUGUUUGGUAAUUUCUCAGUCCUGUUAGUUUCACAAAAUAGGCUGUGUCUGAUGUAACAUGAGCAUUGUUUAGCAUAGUUCUAAGCAAUGCGAUGUUACUUUGCAUCUGUUUUAAUUUAGUUUUGGAAGGCUGCAUUUAGCUCUUUAUUAAAAGCUGUUCUAUUAUAGGUGUGAUUUUAGACUCUGAGUUUUAUAAAGUCUAGUCUUGUUGAUCUUGUACCUUAAGGCACCUUAAACCUAACACUCUGAACCUGGUUAGGCAUGAGCUCUAAAGGUAAUUAUCAGCAGCAUUGGCAUUGGAAUGAUCAUUUGCUGUGUCUGUUAGGGAGAUUUUUUUUUCUUUCUUUUUUUCAGUUUCAGAUCUUCAACUCUUCCAAAUAUGGAGAAUUAAUUAUAAAUAUAGGAUCUAACAUGGUUAUCAUCUACCAGCAGUGUCAUGGUUCAGAUGUUUGUGUAUCUGUUUGCAGUGAUUAGAAGAGCAGCAGAUGAUUUGAAUGUCUGUGGUUUGGUCUCAGUCCACAUGUAGGGUGUGUUGAAGAAAACAAACUGCCAGUCAGUUCGUGCUUUGUUUCAGUUGCUCGUUAUAUAAAAGGAAAACUGUUCCACUCACAUAGAUUUGUCUAAUAAUUUCUUUAGGGUUUUUGUUUAUUGCUGUGAUUACUUGGUUGUGUUACAUUAAUGACGCAUAGUUCUGUACAACUGAUAUGUAUUGUUACAUGUUGUUAUUACUGUUUUAUUGUAUGUUGCAGAGGGUGAUAAAUGAGAUGUUUAGGUUUGAUCAGGGUAUUUGGUGGCAUGCAUUAAAACUGAGGUUUUUUUUUUUUUUUAGAAGAAAGUUCUAUUUUGCAUAAUAAAUCAUGACAAAUGAAAAAAAUACUUUUCUACAUGAGAUGAAUGUGUUCAUGCUGGUAUUCCUCUAGCAUUUUCACAGUAACUGCCGAUUGGCUUACAUGUCUUAUUUUGACUUCACAUUCGUAAUGUUGGUGAUUAUGCUUUUCCCAAUUUGUUGCCUCUUCCUAUGCACAAACUCAUUGCUUGUGUUACAUAGGUCCUACGUUGCCUAACGAAGUAUUUCCAAAGAAACCGCAAGUCAUUUUACCUGGGGCUGGAGAUUGUGAUAAGUUUUUACCGAUAAAGCUCAUUCUCAGAGCACAGGUCAGAUUCAGAGCUCUACACUGUGCCAUUACAACUGCACCUUUGGUCAGUAUUUCUGUAACUGAUAAAAGUGUAAGUAUCUGAAUUAUGGUAUCUCGACAGAACUAUUCAGAUACAUUGUAACAUAGCUGGUAGUCCUGAUCUACUUCUUACUGUCCUUCUAUACUAAACUAAAUCAGUUUGAACUGUCGGAAUGCUUUUUCUAUUUAUGAUUUUUUUCCUUUCAUUUGUGCCUAAAUUCACCAGUGAAUUAUUUGAUCUGUAAAUAAUUUUGUAAUGAAAACUGUAUGAUAAAUGUGAAAUGACCUGUAUAAAAUAAACUUCAGCACUAAUAUA